GCCUCGCGACGUACGUUCCGCUUCCGCGACAUCGCCAACUUUCCUCGAUCGUGUGUCGUGUUUGUGAGUGUUACCCAUCCAGUGACCACGUGCCGCGCAGUGCGCAUCAAAGCGAUUAUUUUAUUGGACAAAAUUCCUAGUUCACGGUCGUUUACAAUAAGGCAAAACGGCUGACCUGUCAAAAAUUGUAAACACAACACACGUGCCGGCUCGCAAUAAGCGAGAGGGCAAAAUGUCUACAAAGGGCAAGCGACCAAUGCGUGCCCUAACGCCAGGGGAUAAAAUAGAAGCCAUCCAACGUGUCAACGACGGCGAGUCGAAGGCUUCUGUCGCACGAGACAUAGGUGUGCCUGAGUCGACAUUACGGGGAUGGUGCAAGAACGAAGACAAGCUGCGUUAUAUGACUUCGCGACUGUCUUCACCAGACACUGAUAAGAGCAACGAUGGCGAGCCACCGGACAAGCGUGCGCGUACCGAGUCGCCAGCUGCACCCGCAUCACCAGCAACCGCCGGCCUCGACCUCUCCUCUUCGGUCAACGUGUCCCACAGCGUCCCCCUCCCCACCCCGCCCGCUGACGGUCCUGUCGAGCUGACGACUAAACGCGCCGAACCCUCUCCCCCACCGCACGCUCCCAGAGAACGCCGACCCGACCCUGGGGCUAGCGUAUCCAUGAGUGCCAUCAGCCCCUUAUCUGGACUUGGACAUUUGCCAGGCCUGACCCACUCACAUUUAGGUCUGAGCUUUAAUGAAAUCGCUACAAAUUUAACUCUAUUGGCACAACUCAAUCCUGGCCUCUCGGCUUUAUCUGCUCAACCGGCUAGCCGCGCCCUACGCUCUGUGCGCUCACCGAAACCAGCUCACAAUGGAGCAUUAAAUCUUAACGACACUAAACAUCGCAGCAAGUCCAGUCAUUCUUCGGACCACUAUAGGCAUAGCUCAAAAUCGAAUCAUCAUCAUACGUCACAAACCUCAGCUAGUCAACCCGUUGAUGACACACUUUGGUACUGGUUAAAAACACAACAAGCUAUGCUCGACUUAACUGCGCAGACGACGGCUGCUCAUCCACUACAACUAGGGAAACCGAGCGAACCCACGCUACCACCAAAACCGGUAGCACCAGCGCCUCCUAUCGGAUCUCAUCUGGAUUAUAACAGGAACUCGUGGUUGUGGCAGUAUUACAAACAGUUCGGGGGUGCGAUGCCUUUACCCGAAGAUAAACUCAAAUCUGCAUCACAGGUGCCAAAAGAUAAAACUGCAGAGAAUAUUCUCUAUUCGCAGCUAACAAAAGGUAAAUUAGAAGAGGAACACGCCGUUACCACGCCCGCUGUUAACCCACCUUCACCACAAAGACACCAUGAGAUUCGAGAGCCAGUCAACGAGGAGCCUCGCUUAGCUGAAACCGAAACCGCGACAAGCCCGGAAGCCGGCACGGAGAAUAAAGAACCAGCUACUGAAAAGAAUCAAGAUUCCGGUAGAAAUCAGACAAAAGCUCGAACUGUUCUAGAUAAUCUUUUGUUUAAUAACACAAAUCAAGCGACAAACGAAGACAAUAAAGUGAACGGCUCUAUGAACGGAGGAUGGGAAUCGGGCACCGUAGAGGCGCUCGAACACGGCGAAAAGUUUCUAGCGUGGCUGGAAGCCAGCGGCGACCCGAGCGUGACGCGCAUGCACGUGCACCAGCUGCGGGCGCUGCUGCACAACCUGCGCACGCGGCGCGCCGCCGCCGUGCCGGCCGUGCCGUCGGCCGUCGCGGAGGGAGCGCGUCGCAAAUAAAAGCCCGGUCGGGACCGCACGCUGCGCUCGCUACAGGGAAUAUUUCAAUUAUUACUUGUAUAUAGUCGUACAUAGUUACUUCGUCGCCAGUAAGCGUUCACUUGUGAUAUGUGUAGCCAAAUUUGCGUACCUUUUUUCUUUGUUCUAAAAGAAAAGCUAUGCAUUAUAUUUCUUUAUUUUAAGACUAAAGUAUAGAUAAGUUAAUAUUCCGGCGCUAUUCUCUUAUAAACGCUUCGUGGACUAUUAUGAAUUAUGAUAGUUAAUCUAUUUCCGAGUUUAUAUCUAUUAAAUUAUAGUGGACAGUAAAUAAACAUUGAUGUUACAUAAAUAUAGACACAUUACUUUUCGACGCACACAAUCUGUUACGCGAUUAGAUUAGGUAGUUCUGGUGUAUGUUGCCAUUUGACGAUUACAUUCCUAGGUAAACCCUACCGUUGUAGUUAAAUCCCUGUGUUCUACCUCAAGUCGAAACUAAGUAUACUCAGUCACGGCGUCCUUGGAGCGUUGGUAUGUCGUGUGGGUAACCGAUGGUCGGCUGGCUGGGUGAAAAUACCAAAUAUUGAAUGGAUAUGAGAGUACUCGAUGUGCCAAUCGUGCGAGCAACAUGUUGUUAUGAUUUGAAUGAUUAUUAUUGCGUUGAAGCUGCGCGUGUAAUUGUUUUGUAUUGCUCAGUAUUUAAUAUUGUAGACAUUAACGUGUCUCGACUCGGAAUUGUAUUAUAUGUUAACGUUAACAGUUAAGGACACUGUGAUCAAAAUUAUAAAUUAUUGAGAGAUUAUUAAUAUUAUAAGAACAUUCCUAUGAAUAGAGUGUAUUAUCUUAAUGUUAAAGAAAUGUCCAAGGUUUAAACGUGGAUCGGUACAUAGCGUACCUUAUAGAAAAGUUAAAUCUCUAUUUCUUUUCUCUAAUGUUAGAAUAGUUGAUUUGCAUUUCGUGUUGACGAUAUUAGCUCACUGAAAAUUUUUCGAGAGAUGAUAUUUUGUACAAAAUUAAGAAAUUUGAUUAUUAAUGCUCCUAUGCAGAGUUUGUGAUCUUGAAAAUGUUGAAGAAAUAAAUUAAUUGAACCUUA